AUGUGCACUCUUGAGGUCAGCCUUCGUCCAUUCAUCCAAUCGAUCGAGAAAGCCGGAGUCGAUCACGACAACAAUGCCUACGACAAUCACUACUUCGAGAACGCGCUUGUGAUCGAUGACAAGAAGAAGACCGUGCUCGUUGGACGUGCUGAAGUCAGCGCCACAUUCGCUUCGUGGAAAGAGUUGGGUAAAUUCAAGAUUCAGGCAUCGAAUGAAUCUUUCUCGGGAAGCGCUGACAUCAUUCGUUAUGCUGCUCGACAGGCACUCGAGUUCGAGAGUGGAAAGAAUAUGACUUUCGAUGUUGUUCAGUAUUGGCGUCGUGACGGCGAUUGUUAUUUGAUCGAGGUCGAGCGUUAUCACGAGAUC